CCAUCUUCACGAUUGAAGGGUGCUUACUCAUUUAUUUAGUCAAAAACAGAAAUGGGUCAUUCCAUGUCAAUUCGACCAAAAAAAUGCGAUCGCAAAAUUAAAUUUUUUAUAAGACAGGAGAUAGCAAAAUAAUGUAGCUUCACUCUCGGUUUGGUUCUCGAUCUCAAUAUUUCAUUCAGACAACAUCAUAGUAUACCUUAAUUCAAACCGUCAAGCACCCUACGGCUCGAGCCCCCAAGAAGGAAGGCACCCCAGCAGAUUGAAAAAUAAAAUCUAGCUUAUAAAUGCAAUUUCGAAACAAUAGAUACUUGUAACAUCGAAUUGAUGACAUAAGUUCCAAAAAUACUCUGCAGGUAAUUGGUACCAAUAAUGCUCAGCUGUAUUCAAUCCAACUUAUACAUAGACAAACAGAUAAGUUAAAUUGGCCGAUGAAUGAUUGCAUUGAUUCGAAUUAAAGUGAUAAAAAUAUCCGAUUCCUCCCUGCUUCUCAAAUUAUAAUGAUAACGCAGCUUUUGAUGCUUUAUAUAAACGAAUAAUCCGGCGAAUAUUGUUAUUCGGUGGGUAUUGCGCAACAAAAACUCACUGCAGUUUUCAAUUUUCAUUAGUGAAUAAACGGGGCGCGUUGGUGCUUUUUAAAUUGAAAUUUGCGUUUUUCGAAGAACUAGACGGGUAAAAUGCCUCUUGUAUUGUACAGUUUUUUGGCCAGUCCACCGGCUAGAGCUGCGAAUCUUCUGUUAAAAGCUCUACAAAUUCCUUACGAACGACAAGAAAUUAAUAUAGGGAAAGGUGAUCAACGCAGCGAACAAUUUCAAAAAAUAAAUCCUCAGCAUACCGUUCCCACGCUUCAAGAUGGUGAUUUCAUUAUAUGGGAUAGUCAUGCAAUAAACGCCUACGUCGUCAAUCAAUACGCUGAAGAUAAUCCCCUAUAUCCAAAAAAUCCAAAAAAACGAGCUUUAAUAGAUCAACGUUUACAUUUUGACAGUGGUGUUCUUUUUCCAAAAAUUAUAAAAACGACGCGUGAUAUCAAACUGAAAACGAUAACUUCUGUUACCGAGGAAAUCGUAACGUCGUUUGAAAAUGCUUAUGAUUUUGUUGAAAAGUUUUUGAAGAGUAAUAAAUAUGCUGCUGGAGAUGAAAUUACUAUUGCUGAUUUUUCUUUCGUUACUUCGUUGACUACGAUGAAUGUAAUUGUGCCAAUCGAUCAACAGAAAUACCCAUUAAUAAAUAAAUACUUGGAAUCGUUGAAAUCGCAGCUGAAAAGUUAUGAAGAAAUUAACGAAAAAGGACUCGAAGAUUAUACUGAAAUUUUGAAAAACGUCAAUUUCAAAUUUUUGAAAAAGUAAAUGUAGGUACGUAGAUCAACUUAUAGGUAGGUGUGUACUUUUUCUGUAUGCACCUAAUAUUACAAAUGUAUCGUCUUUUAUAAUGUAAAAACAUACAUUACAUACACCUAAUUACAGUUUAGUUUAUUCAAUAAUUUUUUUUGCAUCCACAGCAUCAUUAGAAAAUUACUUAGGUAGUAAAAAAAAUUAAUGUGAGAAUUUUUGAAAAUUGAAAAAAACAGCUGCUGAAAUAUAUCUUUUAAACUUUA